CAAAGAACACCCAUUUAUUCCAACAUAUUGCAUUUCCACUCCUUUGCUUAGCUAGUUUCCACUCCACAAAUACUGCUUUCCACUUUCUAGUACAUUCCUUAGCCUUCUCAUUUCGUCCUCUUUCCUUAGUCACAAAUUUGUUCCAUGCGCUAAAGAAACAAGGAAAAGAACUUUGCAUAUUCCUAGCUUUUAUCUCCCCAAUUUUCACAUGCAUAUAUUAAAAUCACACUAAUAUGUAAAAUUAACGUUACUUUCUCAUUCUCGAAAUAAUUCUACGAGGAGAGACUAUAAUUUAUUUAGAUGUUGAUACCAUACGGUCCAUGCUCUAAUAAAGUCACGUUUUUUCAUUUCCCAACUCCAAAGCCCAGACCCCCAAACUAACGGUCACAUUUGCAGUUCUCUGUCAUAAAUCCUACCAAACAGAACACCAAAGGUCCCAAUUUUCCAAACUUUAACUUCUCCAAAACCUCCUUAUAACAAUCACUGAAAAACUGUUCCUUUAAAACUGUUUUCAAGUUUCACCUAGUUUACCCUGCCCAUUUCUCUUUACUUCCGACCAAUCGUUUCCACGAUUUCACAUUAUUUGGUCUCUAAAAACCCACAUGGCUGUUACUGAUCUUCUCGUACUCUGCUUUUUUUAUGCUGUUACAAUUUUCGCCUCCGGCAAGCUCGCCGGAGCGCAGAAAGACGGCAGCGGCGGAGCCGCCGCCGCCGGCGAACUGUGGUGUGUCGCUAAAAACAACGCCCAGGACUCGGUUCUUCAGACGGCAUUAGAUUGGGCAUGUGGGCAAGGUGGGGCUAACUGUUCCCCAAUCCAGCGAGGCGGGCCCUGCUAUGACGCUUCAGAUAUUCAAAGAACGGCUUCUUUUGCUUUCAAUGAUUAUUACCUCAAACAUGGCAUGACUGAAGAUAGCUGCAACUUUAGCAAUUCUGCCGAUGUUACUUCCCUCAACCCCAGUUACGGAAGUUGCAAAUUUCCAUCCAGCAAGAGUGCUAUUAAUGGGAACGUCUCUGGAUCAGUUUCUUCUGGGGGAGGAUCUGGACCGGCUGUAGAUGACAGUAGUAGUAGCAGCUACCUGGUUUCGGCGUCGAGGUGGAUGUGGAGCUUCAUCAUCAUUCAUACGCUCUUUACCAUCUCAAGACGUCGCUGAUGAAAGCUUGUAGUUUUGUUGUUUGUCACUUAGUUUUGAUCAUUUUGAGUUGUCAGUGGCAAUACUAUUAUUGCUCAGACGAGGUAGAUAGAUCCCUGUCCAAUUGUAAGGGUCAUUUUCAGUACAUUGAUAAUUGAUUAAGUACAACCCCAUUUGAAUUUUGAACAUUUUCCAUUUUCUAGAUCAGCGUUCUCUACAAUAAUAACGAUUGAAAGAAGAGCCUAGAAUGAUGAAAUCUGCUAAACUACAAUCAGUAGAAAUAAGUUCUAAGCAGUAUAACAUGAUAGCAAGGAAAGUAAAAUGAAAAGGGGGGGAUUUUCUCCAUAAGAUGAAGUUGAUCAUUGAUCCUUUUUGUCACUUCCAAUCACACGGGUACUAAACGAACUGCAGUGGUUGCACCUGUGACCAAAUAUAUGAAAUGAUGCUUUACUAGUCCUGUCGCAGUCGUCACAGAGAAUGGAGACCUGCGAAAAUCAAUCAGCGGAAGAAACUUACAAUGGCAGAAGAUAAACAAGAUAAGCAUCCGAGAGAAAAGGACCCUUUCACAACGGAUUAAGCAGAUAUUGUACCCUUUCAGAGGGCACAUAAAGAAAUCCAGCACUAAUUAUGACGGAAAUAACAGAAUCAUCUCAGUCCAUUUGGGAACGAAAGAAGCAUUUGAGAAGUUGGACUUACUUCAAACAGGUAUUCCUCAGGCAUUGGUGUACCUUCAAUCUGUCCAAGAAAAACACCAUCAUAAAUGAAGUCCGGGAAAGGAAACAUUCUUAACGCCAAUCAAAUAUAAUUUCGGCACAUAAAUGAGUUACGUAGCCUCUGCAGAUUUGGCAAAAUGAGCUACAGCUCAGACACCUCAUCAGCCAUGAUGUUGAAGUACAUUGUUUAGAUUCCUACAUCAGCUAAAGUUCGUUGAUCACGCUAAUGUAAAUUAUUUAGUCUUUAUGUUUUUUUUUUUUUUCCGGACUUAGAAGCCGUCAAAGUUGCAUUAUGUGCUGCUAGACAGAAGAACUUGCUACAAAAGAAGUUGCUUUUUCACUCCACAAAUGCAUAAGCACAGAGCUGAAAGAAAAGAAUAUCAUACUUCCUUAUCUAAUUUUUGGUGGGCUUUGGACAUGUCGAAGGCUGGCUUUGAGCAAAUUGCGCAUUGAGAUUGUGAUCUAAAACGAAUCCAAAGCAACAAGAAAUGUGUCAAGAUAGCAGAGGGAGAGCAAAUAAAGAGGAAGGAACAACAUAAAACUCACAACCAAAACAGCUUCUUCGGUAUUGGAGCAAAACAGAAAUGACGAGAAACGAUAAAAGAGUGGCAGGAAGACAUUACUGAUUUGGUUUCAUCAUCUCAGGAGAGGAAUCCAUAUGCUUCAUAUGUUCGCAUUCCAUACUGCCUUAAACCGAAUCAAACAAGAAAUUUAGUAUACAACACCAAUCGUUAGCCAAACCAAAGAACAGCAAAGUACAUUUAAAUAAAGUAAUCAUCAGUCCAUCAAUUCUUCCUAAAGUUUCUGCUCCGUAUCUGUUUGUCCGAGCUAAUCAUGAUUUACAGUUCUACACAGCCUAGAAGCUAAUGAGACUGCAACUUAUGUGGGAAAACAAGGUUUCAACAAUGGUAAUCGGUAAAAGUUAGCAGAGAUUAUUACUGUCAUUGUAUCGUCUUCAAACGAGGAUUUAGAAUAACAAAGAAGAUCAGGCUCUCCCCAGAUGCAAACAUCACUAUACAUCAUAUACCACCAUUUGUAUGAAUUGACUUAUUCACAAAUUUCAGAAAAGUCCAAUUCCCACACAACAGCACCCCAAAAAGGGGGGAAAACAAAUAUUGAAAAAAAUCUGUGUCAUAUCAUCUCAAAGAGCAAGAAGUAGCAAGAAAAACCAAACGAGGGGAUAAUAAGAAAGAAAUUUGCCAGCAACAUGGUGAAUUUGCAGCAUGAAUCAAAACACACAGACAAAACCCAGAAAUGUCCGAACAUGAAAAUGGAAAGUAAUCACUUGGUUUGGUUGAUUUCUCCAGACAGAAAACCUUACUCAACUUCUUCAGCUAACCCAAAUCGCAGAGGAUACCUUUAAGUUUAAGGCUUUACCCAUAAACUCAAACGCAAUCGCAACGGGUUUUGAUCCUGUGAUUCUUGUUACUGGAAGGUCAACGGAUCAAAAGUGGGGAUUUCAUUCAAUAAUCGGAUAAUUCAUAAAAUGCAGAAAUUUAAAGGACUAAUAUUAGCAACACAAGAUUCACGUUUAAAUAUAAAUAAAAACAAAAACUGUCUUCUUUUUCUUUUUUUUUUUAAUUAUACAAGGUAACACAUUUCAUUACUUUCUCCAUAUAAUUUCCAAUUUAAU